AUGACGGCGACGCGAGCGUGCUUGGUCGCGCUCGUUGUGGCUCUUACGUUUCUCUUCAUGGAGGGCCGGGCGACGGCAGCCCGGAUGUCAGCCGGGAAUUUGGUGCAGCGGCGGCGGGAGGUGCGAAGCCUCCUCAGGCGGCUCAAUAAGCCUCCUGUCGCAAGCAUUCAGAGCCCGGAUGGAGAUAUCAUAGACUGUGUGCAUAUCAUCGAACAGCCUGCAUUCGACCAUCUUCUCCUCAAGAACCAUACUAUACAGAUGUAUCCUUCUUACAACCCAAAAGGCAUGCAACAUCAUUCCAAUAUCACACCCCAUCUAAUCACCCAAAUAUGGCAUCAAAAUGGAAAGUGCCCUGAGCACACCAUACCAAUACGAAGGACCAAGGAGGAGCAUGUCUUGAGGGCCAGUUCAGUUAGGAGGUUUGGCACGAAGAUGCCUAGGAGCAUCCCACUUGUCAAUCCAAUCAAUGACACUAACACACCCAAUAUAUUAAGGGGCCACCAGUAUGCCACCGCAUCUGCACGGUACGAUAAGUGCCACGGAAGCAAAGGCACCUUCAAUAUGUGGAAACCAGCGAUUGCCAGGGCUAAUGACUUCAGCUUAACACAGCUUUGGAUCACUGCGGGUUCCUACAAUGGCAACAACCUCAAUACCAUUGAAGUAGGAUGGCAGGUUUUUCCAAAUCUAUAUGGUGAUAGCAAUACGAGACUCUUCAUCUACUGGACCCGCGAUGCGUAUCAAACUACAGGAUGUUACAACCUAUUAUGCUCAGGUUUCAUCCAAACAAGCAAUCAAAUCACAAUUGGCGGCAGUAUCUCCCCAACAUCCACCUAUGGUGGCACACAAUAUGACAUCGAUAUUUUAGUUUGGAAGGACCGAGCAGGGGGUAAUUGGUGGCUACAAGUUGGUGGCUACAAUGUUGGGUAUUGGCCAUCAUACAUCUUCUCUGACUUGGCACAUAGUGCCUCCGCUAUUAUGUGGGGCGGCGAGAUAUUUUCACCUGAUGCCGGCCAAACAUCCACACAUAUGGGUAGUGGACACUUUCCAAAUGAAGGGUUCGGUAAGGCGAGUCACAUCAAGAACAUCCAAGUGGUAAAUUCAUCCAACUGUCUCAAUCCCCCAAGUGAUGUGGGCUUGAUAACUGAGCGGAACAAUUGCUAUAAUGUGCAAACUGGCAACUAUGGCGACUGGGGAACUUACAUCUACUAUGGUGGCCCUGGGAAUAACCCUAACUGCCCAUGACGAGUACCACUUUCUAUACCUACUA